CCACAAUGCACAGCGCAGCAGCCACGUAAACGUGCAGCUCUUCGGCCGGCUGGCUCUCUGCCUGUCUCUCAGUCAGGUUUCUGUGUGUCCCUCUGCCAGGAAAUCACCCCCAAACGAUGCUGCUCACCCCCGACAGGGCUUCGGUGAGAGUGCAAGAGCUGUAAGAUGUCGAUGGUGCUGUUUGCCUCGGUGGUGAGGGUCGGGGACGGCCUGCCCCUCUCGGCGUCCACCGACUACGAACAGGACAAAGGGCUUCAGGAGACCAAGAGGCACCUGAAAGGCCUGUCCAAGAAACUCAGCCAGUUCCCUGACCGCUGCACACUCAAGACUGGACAAUACAAUGUCAAUUUCACAAGCUCCCUGGGCGUAGGAUACCUGAUGGUUUGCACAGAGAAUUACCCCAACGUCCUCGCCUUCUGCUUCUUGGAUGAGCUGCAGAGGGAGUUCAUCGUCACCUAUGACACUAAGCGAAUCAACAGCGCCGUGCGACCGUACUCCUUCAUCGAAUUCGACACCUUCAUCCAGAAGACCAAACAGCGGUACAACAGCCCUCGCUCGCUGUCCACCAAGAUCAACCUGGCAGACAUGCAGACUGAGAUCAAGCUGCGGCCGCCCUACCAGCUCUCCCCCGAGGACCUGAGCUCCAUCAACGGAUUCUCACUGCACACCCCCUCCAAGUAUAAGGGCAUAGCACCCACUCAGAUGCUGGAGCCAGUGACCCUGCCUGGCAUCGUGUCCUGUGUGCUCAGUGUCCUCUGUGGAGGCCUGAACCUGCUGCGGGGAGUCCACGCUAUAGAGAGCAUACUGCAGAAUGAUGAUGAAGACUUUAAUUAUGUGAUUGCCUUCUUCCUGGGCACGGCGGCCUGUCUGUAUCAGUGUUACCUGUUUGCCUACUUCUCUGUCUGGAGGAACAGCAAGUCCUUCCUGGCAUUCGCGCUCAUCUGUCUGUCCAACAUGUAUCUGUAUGAACUGAGGAACAUGUGGCAGAUCCUCUUCCAUGUGACGGUGGGGGCGGUCAUGACCCUGCAGAUCAGACUCAGACAGCCGCUGGGCAAAGCACCGGACUACAAUGUCUGACAAAAGGCCCUCACCAGAACGGACAACAAACCUUAGAUGUCCAGUAAGCGCAGACCAGAUUGCACUGGCCGGCCUGGGGGACAACGCUUCCAAGUGAAAAAAUAAAAAAGAACCUCCUCCCCAAAGCACAGGAAGAGGAGCCAAACAUCUUCAAACACCACUUUUGUCCUGCUCCCUCCACACCACCAUUAGUCCCUUGUAGCACAGGACUGACUGUUCACAGCUUCGACCGUGUCUCGGAGUGAAAUCUGCCAUCGUCUGACUGUCACAAAGCUCUGCUCACAAGCUUUCCCUAAAAGAAAAAAAAAAAUAUAUUGGUUACUUCCUUUCCGAGCAGCUGUAGUUUUGAUUUUUGGGACUAUGCAGUGCAGGUUCAUGUGUAUGGCUCCUCUCUCAACAUGAGCAUAUCCUUCACAUAUAUAUAGGGGCCGGAUGGUUAUUCACUUAACUGUCCUUUUUUUUUUUUUUUUUUUUUUAAUAAUUUUGUGGACAGUUUAUUCCGCUAUUUAUUUGCAGACUGAACGUGCAUUGUUGAUGCUUUUUACAGAUUUUAUUACAAUUGUAUGUAGAGUUGUUUUAUGAUUAGAAAAUUUGUUAUGAUUUCAAUGCAGAUUGAUGUGUAUUCAUCACAAAGUGUCUCUCACUCUAACACACACCAAAACAGCCUGUUAACAUUCACAUCCAACUUCCUCGCCCACACAGCCGCAAGCAUAUGCCAGUGUCAAGUGACAAUGCUAAUAAACAGGUCUACGUUAAGCAGCAGCAACAAUGCAGCGUCGUGUUGUCAAGCCCGGAGGCGGUGUGUCAUCUGUGCGGCCCCUGGUGUGGUUUUUCCUCCCACCAAGCCCACGGUUCAGAGCUCAGUGUGACAGCUCGUGAUGAAGAGAGACAAACUUGCUACCCAACUGUCUCACCUCCCUUUGUUAUGCACAUCAGCACGCCAUUCACAUUUAAUGGUAUCCCAAUUAUGCCGGUGCGUUCGAGUGUGUUUGUUCAAAUAUACCGAGGGGAAUUACGGGGAGUUACUCUUCUCUUAAUCCUAACAAGUAACAGCGAGCAAACAAGAGAAGGGCAGAAAACUGGGACAUGCCCUUGUUUUUCUUUAUCUGUGAUUAGCUCAACUGUUGUGCCGUGACUGUUCUUAUUCUGCAUCUCGACGGACGGAGAGAGGAGAGAACAGUCUUUGCAUGAAAAGGAAAGUAUAGCCACAGCUAUGUUCCAUCUGGCAUGUCCGCUGCAUGUCUGUCUAGGGAUUGCUGCAAUGCUUCAGCCCUGCAUGAUUCAUCAUUCUUCCCUGUGACCGCACAGCCUCACAACAGUGGUACCACACCUAUAUGAGCUAAUGGCUCUCUUAGCAAUAUGGCCUGGAUCUGAUUGGAUCUUACAUGGACUUCGCUGGCUCAGAUUUUUUUUUUUUUUUUCUUUUGUUUUGUUUUCACAUUCUCCUU